AUUCACUCCCAUCCCAACUCAACUGAAAGCACUGGUGAGUGAAUCAUGGCGUCCGUGAGUCUAGCCGCCACUUCCGCCGCCGCAACAGCCGCACAGACCAGCGGGAACAGGCGGGUUAUCUUAGGCAGAAACAAUGCCUGUGUUUCUUCCUCAUUCGUCCCUCGUUUUGACCGUACAUUCAGCGUUCCCGCGCUGAGAAUAGCGGCUCGUCGCUCCGUAGGCCAUGUGUCCGCGUCAGCCGAUCGGACGGCCGUCGCGGCCGCCACGUCAGCGGGUGGCGAAACCCUCAUCCGCGCGCUGGUGUUCGACUGCGACGGGGUGAUCCUCGAGUCGGAGGACCUCCAUCGGCGCGCUUACAACGCCGCCUUCCAGCACUUCGCGAUCCGGUGCCCGGGCGAGAAGGCGGUCGUUGAUUGGACGACGGAGUUCUACGACGUCCUGCAGAAUAAGAUCGGCGGGGGGAAGCCCAAGAUGCGAUGGUAUUUCAACAAGAAUGGGUGGCCGCAUUCGUCGUUUCUGCCCGCCCCUCCCACCACGGAUGCUGACAGGGACCUGCUCAUAGACACGCUGCAGGACUGGAAAACCAACAAAUAUCAGCAGAUGAUUGGAUCAGGACAGGUGCCAGUGCGGCCAGGUGUGUUGGAGCUGAUGGACGAAGCCCGGCAGAGGGGUCUGCUUCUGGCUGUGUGCUCCGCUGCCACCAAGAGCUCUGUCGUCUUCACCCUCACCAGCCUACUGGGGAAGGAGAGGUUCGAGCGGCUGGAUUGCUUCUUGGCAGGCGACGACGUGCCAAAGAAGAAGCCAGACCCCACCAUUUACAAAUUGGCAGCAGAGCGCUUGGGAGUCCCCCCCUCGUCAUGCUUGGUGGUUGAAGACAGUGUGAUCGGCCUGCAGGCGGCUCUGGGUGCUGGCAUGCCGUGUGUCAUCACAUACACGCCAUCUACUAAGAGCCAGGAUUUCACUGGGGCUGUAACAGCCUUUGAUGACCUCGGUGGUGUUACUUUGGAUAAGCUCAUUAGUGCAUGCUCUGCUGUUGUCGCCUGAGGUAUCGGCAUGUCUAAUUGGGAAUAUAUACCUAUUAGUCGGAACACCGUGAAAUUGGAAUGGAAAGACUCAUGGGUACAUACAUACAUACAAGCUUAUUGGUGGCACAGGUUAGUGU